CGUUGAUUGCCUUUGUGCUGGUCAUAAAAUUGUUCACUGAAUUCAUCCGUUCGCGAACGAUGCAAAAAAUACAUUUUGUUGUUGUUUUUUUGGUGGUGUGCAUAAUCACUAUAUAUAAUUGAAAAAGUAGUGCAGUUCAUUGUUGCAAUAACUAAAAUUUUUGCUUAUAAAGACGAGCGAAUUACAAAGAAGGCGUGUGUAUUGAAAGUUUUCCCAACAAUAGCGAGGAAAUAUUCCUAUUGUGGUACGCAGCAAAGAAGCAAAGCAAACGCCAAAAAACUUGGAAAAGUCGCUCGACAACUACAAUUAACUUGACCGCAAAAUAAAGAAAUCAUUGCAAGAGUGACAACCGCGCUGCAACAUUGUGGCUGGUGUGCUUGUCACGGUCGUUGCCAAAGCUAAAACCAGGAGACAAAGUCGAUCAGCGCCAACGACAUUGUUUUCUCAACUCUGCGCUGCCCCCUUUGGCUAAAACGACGCGAAGUGUGUGUGAGUGUGUGCCACUGAACGCCACAUACGAAAAUACAAAGCCUCGUGUGGGUGAAUUGGGGAGGUAGGCACAGCACGGAGUACAUAAUACACGGAGUCGUAUGCUGCGGUGCCAGCGAAGGUGCUAAUAGUGACGUAUAUAUACGUGAUUAACAUAUUGGUUACUGCAAACCUAUGAAGAAAGCAGUGCAAAAGUGAGCAGUGGAAUAAGUAAACGUUGAUUAGUCACCAAGCAAAACUGAAAUAUACAAAUAAACGUAUUUUCUGUGUAUAUGACUUGAAUUGAAAAAGCUUGACUAUUUGAACAACACUAUUUGCAGGCUUAACUCUUGUUUGCAGCUAAACCAAACACAACAGACAAUUCGCUGUUUGUGGUGCACUUAAAACCGCCAACUGUUAAGAUCGUCGUCAUCAGCCAAGCUGUGCCUAAUUGCUGCUGAAGCAAAAAAGCAAAACAAAAACAAUAAAUAAGUCGGCAAAUAACAAGAAUACUGCUAAAACAAUAAUAUGGAGUCGGAUGAGGAUUCUUAUGAGAUGGAGAAUGUUGAUUCCGGCAAUGUAUCAUCAGGCGAUGAGGGUGAUGAAGAUUUCGGUAUGGAAGUGGAUAUACCCUCCUCACAUGAUCGCCAAAUGGAAACCGAGGAGUAUCAAUAUGAAGUGCUAUCCACAGAUGAAAUUGUACUGCAUCAGCGAGAAAUAAUCGAUGAGGUCAACAAUGUGCUCAAGCUGCCGCCCACAAUAAUCCGCAUACUGCUAAAUCACUACAAAUGGGAUAAGGAGAAGCUGCUAGAGAAAUAUUUCGAUGGCAAUACAGAGGAGUUCUUCAAGGGCGCACAUGUCAUCAAUCCAUUCAACAAAUCCACCAAUCCAAGUCGACAUAAGUUGUCCAAAAAUCCAGUGGAGGAAUGCGAAAUUUGUUUCUCUCUGCUGUCGCCAGAUAGCAUGACGGGUCUGGAGUGUGGCCAUCGUUUUUGCUUGGGCUGUUGGCGUGAGUAUUUAACCACAAAGAUCGUCACCGAAGGUCUCGGUCAAUCCAUCUCGUGCGCCGCACAUGGCUGUGAUAUUUUAGUCGACGACGUAACCGUCACCAAACUCGUGGAUCCGCGUGUCAAAGUGAAAUACCAACAAUUGAUCACCAACAGUUUUGUCGAAUGCAAUCAGCUAUUACGCUGGUGUCCGUCCGUUGACUGUACGAAUGCAAUUAAAGUGUCGUACGGUGAUGCACGCCCCGUCAGUUGCAAAUGCGGGCAUGUCUUUUGCUUUGCAUGCGGUGAAAAUUGGCAUGAUCCCGUCAAAUGUUGUUGGCUGAAAAAGUGGAUCAAAAAAUGCGAUGACGAUUCGGAGACAUCCAAUUGGAUAGCGGCUAACACCAAAGAGUGUCCAAAGUGUAAUGUGACGAUCGAAAAGGAUGGCGGCUGCAACCAUAUGGUGUGCAAAAAUCAAAAUUGCAAACAUGAUUUCUGUUGGGUGUGUCUGGGUUCGUGGGAGCCACACGGUUCGUCGUGGUACAAUUGCAAUCGCUACGAUGAGGACGAGGCGAAAGCGGCGCGUGAUGCACAGGAGAAGUUGCGCUCCUCGUUGGCAAGGUACUUGCAUUACUACAAUCGCUAUAUGAAUCACAUGCAGUCGCUGAAAUUUGAGAACAAACUGUAUGCGGCCGUCAAACAUAAAAUGGAGGAGAUGCAACAACACAAUAUGUCUUGGAUUGAAGUGCAAUUCUUGAAAAAGGCCGUAGACAUACUCUGCCAGUGCCGCCAAACACUCAUGUACACCUACGUGUUUGCCUACUAUCUGAAGAAGAACAAUCAGUCAAUGAUCUUUGAGGAUAAUCAAAAGGACUUGGAGUCGGCAACAGAGAAAUUGUCUGAGUACUUGGAACGUGAUAUAACUUCAGAGAAUUUGGCUGAUAUUAAACAAAAAGUGCAGGAUAAAUAUAGAUAUUGCGAGAAACGUCGCAAGGUGCUGCUGGAUCAUGUGCAUGAAGGCUACGAGAAGGACUGGUGGGAGUAUACAGAAUGACGCGAAUCCUGGAUGGAUGAUUAAAAAGCACCAACAAAAACAUAAUUUUCAUUCAUAAUAAACAAUAGAGCGCCGAGAGCAAAGCAAAACGCAUGCAGUAGCAGCAACUUGAGAACAGUUACAAUGAUGUCACCAGUGUUUAACGAAUGAAAAUGCAUGAAAAAAAACCUAAAAAAAAACGAAACCGAAAACAAGCAAAGCGCAACCGCCCACAAUGCUGCAACUGUGUAACAAGGAUGUGGCAAUAAAAAGCGGAAGUGGCAGGAGUAGUGUAUGAAGCCAAGUGAGCCAAUGCUACAUAAAUAUGUGUGUGUACGUGUGUGUUUAACCAAUUAUGUGUAUGAUGAGUGCAGCGCGACGCGAAAUAUUUUACAAAACCAACAACAAACGGCGGCAAGUGAAUAAUGCAAAUAAUACUGCUUUACGAAGUCUUAAGUUGCAAAAUUAUUAUUAUGAAAUUGUAAUAAGUGAAUUACGCAAAAAACAGGAAAUUUCCCACAAAAAAAGUAGAAAAAAUGAAAAUAAGCAAAACCAACAAAUACUAGCUAAUACAGAAAGAAAACACUAAAACCAAUACAAUUACGUAUGUAUAUAACUGAAUGUAUGUACAUGUGAAGUGUUAGUGCUAGCACUAAAUAGGCAGGUGAGCAACGCCCGCAGCAGCUACUGCAUUUCGGGUGCAAUUUGAAGUGGAAAAAAACACAGAAAUGCGUCGAGUUUAUUGGGAAAAGGUCACGCAGUCACGCUCCAAAGCCAACAGCACACUUAAAUACAUACCAACACAACACACACACAACACCACUUACUACUCCACACCAGAAGCCUGAACGCUGCUUCUUACUACAAGCAUUUGUUGUUUUUGUUUUGUUUUCGGUUUGCCGCGCUUGUGCUGUUUUCAAGCGGAUUCAUACUUGAAAUUGUUUUUUUAUUAAGCAAAUUAGCGUUACGAGUGGCGUUUUUAAAUCCAACAACAACACUUAUCUAUGUAUGUAAAGAGCAACAAUGGAAAAUUAUACACAACAACAACUACACAAAAUGUAUAUGCAAGCGCAUAAUAUGUAGUUAAGUUACCAAUGCGGAUUUUGUAGAAAGCAAAAAUGUAAAUAUUCAUUUUUCAUGCGUGCGGCAAAGAAAUCGUUAAAAAAGAAAAACAAGAAAAAAACUACAUUACAACAAAUUUCGAAAAUCCAACAAAAAGAUACGAAUGUUAUUAUAGUGUUUCAGUGCAUGCGUUCGUUGAAAAAGCGUUCGUAUCGGUGAUAUGCCCACGCCGCUUGAUGUAGCAUUGUCAACCAAGUUUUUGUGUUAUGUAACAUGAAUGUUUUUAGAAGUUGGAAGCAAACAAAUUUGUAAUUGUUUUAUGUUCUUAUUACAAUUAAUAUUAAUAUUUUUUUUUAUUUUUAACUUUAAUUUUAAUUUAAAUGAAGAUGAACGCAAAGAAAUGUUAAGUUUUUCUCAUAUAAUUGUCAUUAUAAUUAUUAUUUUUUUUUUAUGUUGAGCCUUAUUUUGUAGUGUAUAAAAUCGCAAUUUUAAACCAAAACCCCGUCGCACACACAUUAUUUUCACUCAGCAACAACAACAACAAAACAAACAUAUGAGAAACAAUACAAAUUUACUAAGCAAAUUUUAGACGCUCAUUUAGCAGCAACAGCAACAACAACAACCAAAAAGAGCAGUAGAUAAAAAAACAUUUUUGAGAAAACUUUUGGAAAUUUCUAUAUUUAAAAUUAAACUAAAAAAAUUGUAACUAAAUAGUAGCGGUGUCAAGUGCGCAAAUUGGCAUGCAGGCAGUAGUGUUGGAAACUAAAGAAAUUUAAUUUAGAACAAAAAAAAAUAAACAAAAGCGAAAACGAAAGAAAUGAUAAACAAAAUAAGUAAAAUCAAAAAACACAGAGUCCACAAUUAAAAGCAAAACAAAAAACAAAAACAAAAAUAUAUAUAAUACAUAACAUUAGCAGUUAUUUGAAAUUGUUUAAAUGCAAUACAACAACAAAACA